CCCCGUUACGUCACUUUUUUGGGCAGAUAAAUACGCACAUGUCCUCAGGCUGGUUCAAAAAAAGCUUACAAAAACCCUCUGAGACAUGGAGCCCAAUUGGAGCAUGGCAUUGCAUUCUUAAACGAUAAGAAUGAAAUUUAAAGAAGCAGAAUAAGAUCAAGAAUAUGAUAUGACAUUGAAAGCUUCUUUGGUCGUAAACAUUCUCAAACAAGGACAAAGAAAAAAGUUCAAAUUCCUGUUUCCGUAAAUGUGUUGUGUGUUAUCUACCAUGAGAUCGGCAGUAGCCAUUGUACCGCUUUAUUCCAGAACACUUAUUAUGCCAAUGCCACUUUUCUGUUCCUCUUUCUGUUCCACUUUAUUCUCAGCACAUUUGAAGAAGAAUAUUCGAAUUCGACCAUUUCAUUUAUCAAGAAGAACGAUGCACUCCUCAGCUGCCGCUCGUCAUUCCGCUAAUUCACGCAGACACAAAGUUUCUGCAAAUUUCGGAUGAUAUCUUCAAAUACAGUGGUUAUAUGUUGAAUCAGGUAGUCGAUAAAAUGGAGGGUACUGUCCAAAGCAGUGAUGCAUUAUUUGAGCACCAACAAGUGGCAAAUCAUUUUGGUCAGAAGUUUCCUAUUUGGACAUCACAAGAAUCUGGUCAUAAUAUUGAUAUGAGAAAACGAAUAUUUUGUAACCGAUCUCUUAACAUGAAGAGCAUUGUAGCAAUUGGUUUUGACAUGGACUAUACACUUGCACAAUAUAAGCCUGAAACAUUUGAAACAUUGACGUAUAAUGGCACAGUUAAGAAGCUUGUCUAUGACUUGGGAUAUCCUGAAGAGUUGUUGCAGUGGAAAUUCGACUGGAAUUACAUGGUCAGGGGUUUGGUCCUGGAUAAGAAACGAGGUAACAUCCUAAAGAUGGACCGUCACAAAUACGUGAAAAUAGCAUACCAUGGCCUAAAUGAGAUGUCAAGGGAAGAUCGAAUGGCAACCUAUGGCAACACCUUAUUGCGGGAGCCCUUUGAUGAACCUGAUUAUGCUCUUAUUGAUACACUCUUUUCUCUUGGUGAAGCAUAUUUAUUUGCUCAACUUGUUGAGUUGAAGGAUGCAUACCCAGAGAAACUUCCUCCAGGCACCAAUUAUGUCCAAAUGUAUAAAGCUGUUCGGGCAGCUGUUGAUUUGUGUCAUCGAGAUGGAACUAUAAAGCAAGCAGUUGCAUGUGAUCCCUCCAAGUUUAUUUAUGAAGACCGCAUGAUAUUACCAAUGUUAAAAAUGCUUCGAAAUUCUGGAUGUAUGACCUUCCUAGUUACAAACAGCCUGUGGGAUUAUACACAUGUGGUUAUGAAUUAUCUUUGUGGAAAGUGUGGAGUGAAUGGAACUACACCUCGUGAUGAUGAGUGGCUAGACUAUUUUGAUGUAGUCAUUACUGGCAGUGCAAAGCCUAGCUUCUUUAUGGAUGGGAAUAAUUCUCCACUGUUUGAAGUGGAUAUCCGAACAGGAAUGCUACAGAACACAGAUAAUGGCACUCCUCUUCCACAGAUUGGAGGAACUGGGUUAAGCCGAAGAUCACUGUCUGAAAAGGGGGUAAAGCAGGGAUGCAGGGUAUUUCAGGGAGGUAAUGUUGGUCAUCUUCAUCAACUUCUUUCAAUUGAAGCCAGUUCUCAGGUUUUAUAUGUUGGAGACCACAUUUAUGGAGACAUACUGCGCAGCAAGAAGCAGCUUGGUUGGAGAACAAUGCUUGUAGUGCCAGAGCUUGAAAGAGAAUUGGAGCUGCUCUUUGAGACAAAGGGUAUUCGUAAGGAAUUUCGGUUGCUACGCCAAGAACGGGAUCGUAUUGAAGAUGAAAUACAGCACCUCAAGUGGACUCUAAAAUUUGAGGAGAAUAGUGAAGAAAGACAGUAUCAAAGUUCUUGUAAAAUCAAGGAGCUACAGUUGGCCAUGGAGAAAGUUCGUGAACAUCAUAGACAUGCACAAAGAGAAUGUCACCAAAAGUUCCAUAAAAUAUGGGGUCAACUUAUGAAGACUGGCUACCAGAACUCUCGUUUCGCACAUCAGGUUGAAAGGUUCGCGUGUCUUUACACAAGCCAGGUGUCAAAUUUGGCCUAUUAUUCUCCCGAUAGAUGCUAUCGAACAAGUGAAGAUUUUAUGCCCCAUGAGUUUGAUGUUUUGGGAUUUUGAAAAUGACAUGACAAAGGAUUCAAAACACCAAUACCAUUUGCAUUAAUUCUAUCUCUUAUUAAAACUUUUUAAAUACUUUUCCCAAUCUGAUUCAAAACGAUGAAAGGUUCCAGCGAUUCAUUCUCAAGUUCAAUGUCUUUCAAUUUA